GUUCGUCGUGUAGCCCCACGUUUCUCCAUUUUACCUAUGAGCCAUGAAAUUAUGCCUGGAGGUAAUGUAAAUAUAACUUGUGUUGCGGUUGGUUCACCCAUGCCCUAUGUGAAAUGGAUGAUGGGUGCUGAAGAUUUAACCCCAGAAGAUGAUAUGCCUGUGGGGCGUAAUGUUCUGGAACUUACCAACGUUAAGGAGUCUGCAAACUACACCUGUGUCGCUAUGUCAAGUCUUGGGUUAUUGAGUCGGUAGCUCAGAUCACUGUUAAAUCCCUUCCUAAGGCACCUGGAACUCCCCGUUGUAACAGAGACCACAGCUACGAGUAUAACAAUUACAUGGGACUCUGGCAAUCCCGAUCCUGUGUCUUACUAUGUUAUAGAAUACAAAUCUAAAACGCAGGAUGGGCCAUAUCAAAUAAAGGAGGAUAUCACAACUACAAGAUACAGCAUUGGUGGACUCAGUCCUAAUUCUGAAUAUGAGAUCUGGGGUGUCAGCAGUUAACUCAAUCGGCCAAGGACCACCCAGUGAACCUGUAGUGACACGGACUGGAGAGCAGGCCCCUGCUAGUGCCCCUCGAAAUGUACAGGCUCGGAUGCUUACCUCUACUACAAUGAUAAUUCAAUGGGAAGAACCCGUGGAACCAAAUGGGCAAAUACGGGGAUAUCGUGUUUACUACACUAUGGAGCCUGACCAGCCAGUCAGCAACUGGUUAAAAUAUAAUGUGGAUGAUAAUCUUUUAACCACUAUAGGAAAUUUACUGGAACAUGAAACCUAUACUGUCAGAGUCUUGGCUUUUACAUCUGUUGGUGAUGGCCCACUUUCUGAUCCCAUCCAAGUGAAAACUCAGCAAGGAGUUCCUGGACAGCCAAUGAAUUUCAGAGCUGAAGCCAAAUCAGAAACUAGCAUUAGUCUCACCUGGAGUCCUCCACGCCAGGACAGUAUUGUAAAGUAUGAAGUGAUUUACAAAGAAGGCGAGAAAGGGCCUGAGAUCAAAAAGACUUUUGACCCAACAACAUCAUAUUUAGUGGAAGGUUUAAAACCCAAUACAGAAUAUUUGUUUCGCCUUGCAGCUCGGUCUCAGCAAGGCCAGGGUGCUUGGACAUCAGAUGUUAAAGAGAGGACUAUGCAGUCUAAACCAUCUGCCCCCCCUCAAGAUGUAAAGUGUGUCAGCACAAAGUCUACCACAAUACUGGUAAGUUGGCAGCCACCCCCACCAGAAAGCCAUAAUGGCAUUCUUGCUGGAUACAGUGUGCGCUAUGGUGCUUUGGACUCUGAGGACCCAGAAGUAAAAGAAGUGAAGGACAUUCCACCUGAGACCACUGAAAUCCUUCUGGAAGCAUUAGAAAAAUGGACUGAGUAUCGUAUCACUGUUGUCGCACAUACUGCAGUGGGACCUGGCCCGGAGAGCUCGCCCGUUGUUGUUCGCACCGAUGAAGAUGUGCCCAGUGCUCCACCAAGAAAAGUAGAGGUGGAAGUAUUAAACUCGACCGCCAUUAAAGUAUUUUGGCGUUCUCCUGUCCAAAACCGUCAACACGGCCAAAUUCGUGGCUAUCAAGUUCACUAUGUUAAAAUUGAAAAUGGAGAGGCAAAAGGGCUUCCCUUUAUAAGGGAUGUUAUGCUGACUGAUUCGCAGUGGGAAAUGGAUGAUACAGCUGAAUAUGAAAUGAUUAUAGCUGGACUUCAACCUGAAACCUCUUAUUCCAUCACAGUUGCUGCAUAUACUAUGAAAGGAGACGGUGCACGCUGCAAACCAAAGGUUGUCACCACUAAGAGUGCUGUUCCUGGAAAACCUGACUUUUCUGUGCAUCAGACAUCGGAGAGCAGCCUACAAUUACAAUGGGGACCACCAAGUGAGUCAGUUGAGCACAUCCUAGGGUACCGCCUACAGUUUGGGCGCCAUGAUGCUAAAGUUUUGUCAACACUAGAGUUUGGACCUCAACAAAAGACAUACACAGCAACCAAUGUCCACAAAGGUGCAAAAUACAUUUUUAAAAUGGCGGUCAAAGGCCGGGCGGGCUUUAGUGAGGAAGCUGUGAAAGAGUUUGUUAUACCAGGGGAAGCACCUAAAGGUUACCCUCUUUUGAUUGAGCCUGGCAAUAUCAGUUCUGUAACUAUCCAGCUAAACUGGCUGCCUCCUGUUUUGGCCGAAAAGAAUGGGGAUAUCACCAAGUAUACAGUAGCCUACUGGGUUGCUGAAAUUCCUGAAAAAGUUUUGGAAUUGGACCUACCAUCUUCUCAAAGCUCUUGCUUGCUGAGCAAUCUGAAGCCUAGCACUGUGUAUGAAGUCAAAAUACGUGCACACACCAGUAAAGGGCCUGGGCCUUACAGUCCAAGUGUCCAGUACCGCACUUUUCAUCUAAAUCAAGUAAUGCCAAAAAAUUUCAAGGUCAGAAUGGUAACAAAGACUUCUGUUCUCCUUAGCUGGGAGUUUCCUGAAAAUUACAACUCAAUAACUCCAUACAAGAUUCAGUAUAAUAUGCAGACAGUGGAUGUAGAUGGACGGACAACAAAGAAGUUAAUUACAAACCUGAAACCCAAAACGCAUUAUACUUUUACGCUUACCAGUCAUGGAAACUCUUUGAGUGGUCUUCAGCAGAAUGUCGCUGUCCGCACAGCUCCUAACAUGUUGGGUGUGAAACCUUUGGUAAAUGCAAAGGCUCAACUAGAUGGUAGCAUAACAGUAGUCCUGCCAGAUGUGGAAAUGUCUGAAUCAGUGAGACAUUAUUAUAUUGUAGUAGUGCCUUUAAGGAAACUGCGUGGACAAUUUCUAAACCCUUGGGGAAGCCCUGAAGAAAUGGAUUUAGAGCAGCUAGUUCAGACUAUAACAAAGCAGCACCGUCGUAGCUUGCGUUACCUAAGACACCUGGAGUACCCGAAACCAUAUGUAGCAGCUCGAUUCCAGUCUCUGCCUGGACAUUUCACACUUGGAGACCAAAAGAAUUAUGAUGGCUUUGAAAACAAGGCAUUGGAAAUCGGACAGAAAUAUGUUUUCUUUAUCAUGGCCAUGCUUGAAAGUGCAGAAAAGAUAUUUGCUGCUAGUCCAUAUUCUGAUCCCAUUCAAGUAGAAGAUCCAGAUCCUCAACCAAUAACUGAGGGUGAAGAAGGCCUGAUUUGGGUUAUUGGACCAGUUUUAGCUGUUGUUUUCAUAAUCUGUAUCGUGAUUGCUAUACUUCUCUACAAAAAUACAUUUUUAAGCAAACGGAAAAAUUCAGAACCCAGGACCAAAUGUUUACUGAAUAAUGCUGAGAUUACUCCUCACCAUCCAACAGAUCCAGUGGAGAUGAGACGCAUUAACUUUCAGACUCCAGGUAAGCGAAAAAUGAAUGCUUUACUAAGGUGA